AGCGCAGGAGGCAGAUUUACAGUUAUGGCAAUUCAAAGUGAUUGUACGGGUUGAGUGUUAUGCGGGAAAUUUCCUUGGGAUGCAUGUGAUGUGAGCUGUAAACUACCAAAAUACUAAAAUGUGAACAUGUGGGAAGGAAAGGGAAUAGCUUGAUCCUCUAACCUUCACUUUUUUUCCUAGUCAUCUAUCCCUUGUCUCUUCCUCCCAAAGCUUAACCUUAUAAUCAUGCACAUCUUUCAUCUUUCUUUCCCCUCCAUACCAACCAAUCCUUAUUCCUUCUCCCACUUACUAGUCACUAAUUUAUACAACUCAUUCGCAGAAGAUCAGAUCACAACUAAACAGAUUUGGAUCUUGAGAGGGAUCAAAGAGAUCAAGUGCAAGAACCACAUCGAAGAUGUCGGAUUGGGGGCCGGUUUUCAUAGCAGUGGUGCUGUUUAUACUGCUCACUCCAGGGUUGCUGAUUCAGAUGCCUGGAAAAAGCCGAUUCGUAGAGUUUGGCAACUUUCAGACUAGUGGAAUCUCCAUACUGGUUCAUUCCAUUAUCUACUUUGCUCUCAUCUGCAUCUUCUUAUUAGCUAUUGGUGUCCACAUGUAUGUUGGCUCAUGAUCAACUCAAAACUGCCACAGAUAACACACCCAAUUCUCAUCUCAACUCUACUAUGUAGUACCCUUUAAGAAUUUAUCUCAUUUACGUUUCAGGUUGAUGAUCAGUUAUGUACUUAAUUGGCUUGUUUGGAUUGUGCAUUCUUAGAUGAUUGAUUUAGUCAGAUGCUAAGGUAAAAUAUUCUGUUCUCUUGGUCCCA